AGACAACAAAAUUCUCGGAGAUUUAUCCCGACGGCGACCAGACGCAUCAGUCAAUGGAUUGUACGUUCACUGUUGGUGUUGGAGUCUGAGAGCAUCUUCACUGUUGAACCGAGCAGAAAAGCUCAAAAAACGAAUGGCCGAAAUCAAAGCCGAUAACACUCACCAGCACCAGCUCACUGUGCCGGAUCCCGAUAUUCCGGACCAAAAAUUACCGAAACCAAAGCGCGUUGCUUCCCUGGACAUCUUCCGAGGCCUCACCGUUGCCUUGAUGAUUCUGGUGGAUGAUGCCGGAGGAGAGUGGCCUAUGAUUGGGCACGCACCAUGGAAUGGUUGCAAUCUUGCUGACUUUGUGAUGCCGUUCUUUUUGUUCAUUGUGGGGAUGGCCAUUGCACUUGCUCUCAAGAGAAUACCAAGUCGGCCAAUGGCCAUAAGAAAGGUGAUUUUUAGGACUUUGAAGCUUCUCUUUUGGGGUCUCCUAUUGCAAGGAGGUUUUUCACAUGCUCCCGACAAGCUAACAUAUGGUGUCGACAUGAAAAAAAUAAGGUGGUGUGGAAUUCUCCAGAGAAUUGCUCUUGCAUAUUUGGUAGUGGCACUGGUGGAAAUCUUUUCAACAGAUGCCCAACGCAAGGAUCCAGCGUCCAGCUGGUUCUCUGUAUUCAAGUUGUACUAUUGGCACUGGCUGGUGGCAGCAAGCGUUCUUAUUGUGUACUUGGCUGUAAUUUAUGGGACAUACGUUCCUGAUUGGAAAUUCACUGUCCUGAACAGAAAUAGUACUGUUGAGAUGACAGUAGCCUGUGGCAUGAGUGGGAAACUGGAUCCUCCUUGUAAUGCAGUAGGAUAUAUCGACAGACUGGUGCUAGGACUCAAUCACAUGUAUCAACAUCCAGCUUGGAAGAGAUCUAAGGCUUGCACUGAUAACUCCCCAUAUGAAGGGCCUUUCAGAAGUGAUGCUCCUUCAUGGUGCUAUGCUCCUUUUGAACCGGAAGGAGUUUUAAGCUCAAUAUCUUCUAUUCUGUCCACAAUCAUUGGAUUGCAUUUUGGACACGUGCUUGUACAUUUUGAGGGUCAUCCAGAUAGGCUGAAGCACUGGAGUCUGAUGGGUUUUGCUCUCCUUAUUUUAGGAAUUACCCUUCAUUUCACCGAUGCAAUUCCUCUGAAUAAACAGUUGUAUACAUUCAGCUAUGUUUGUGUAACAUCAGGAGCAGCAGCUUUGGUCUUCUCGGCUUUCUACAUUAUUGUUGAUAUCUGGGGGUUAAGAUACCUAUUUUUGCCACUGGAAUGGAUUGGCAUGAAUGCUAUGUUCGUCUAUGUUAUGGCAGCCGAAGGCAUCUUUGCUGGAUUCAUUAAUGGGUGGUAUUAUGAUGAUCCCCAUAAUACACUGGUAUAUUGGAUUCAGAAACACAUUUUCAUUAAAGUAUGGAAUUCCAAGAGAGUUGGCAUUCUACUCUACGUGCUCUUUGCAGAGAUAAUGUUUUGGGGUAUUGUUGCAGGCAUUUUGCAUCGACUAGGCAUUUAUUGGAAACUCUAAAUACUGUAAUUGCUUGUUCUUGCCUUGUUUUCCACUCACAUUGUCAUUGCCCUUUACCAGUGACGAAGCCAUGAAUUUAUCUUUACUGGGACGAAUAAGUAUUGUAAUAAUUACCUCAUCUUUUAUAUAUUAU